AUGGAAGCGCUUCUGAGCACCAUGGAAAACUUGAGCAACAUGUUCCAUAGCAGAAGGAGUAAGUUUGAAGCUGAUCUCCAUAAUAACACAAGCCCCAUGACAAGCAUUGCUGGAUUAGCUGUUGACUGGUACUCAAUUAAAAUGAAGAGAAGUGAGGCUAUGCUGCGACUAGCCUUAAAGAACGAUAUUAUUAACAUAACAUCUAAUAGGGAAACCUUUACUGAAGAACCGUGUACUUCAAAUUACAGAAGCAAAGAAUCUGAUGUAGCAAAAAGUAAUAUUCAGCUUGAGUAUGACAAAGAAAAUUUAAGAUCCUCAAAUAAUAUGCAAAUCUCCAUUAAUGAGCAGUGUGAAGGAUGGGAUAAGCGAAACGCUUCUGAAUUAAGUGAUGUGAUAGUAGAAAGCGAAAACAAUAAAACUGGUAGCUCAUACUCGAACUACAGUUCUUCCUCGUCAUCUGAUUCUUCUUCCUCAUCGAACUCUUCAAGUGACGAAGAUAGCGAUGACUCUGUACGCGAUCCCAAUUUUGUCGCUGAACAGCUUCCACCCCGAAAUUCUUCCAGUGAGUCUGAUUUAGAAGACAAUAAUGAAAACGUUCCAGUGACCAGUGAGUCGACUUCAUCAAACCUUACGGUAUCAAUUGCAAGUACAUCUAGAUUAUCAUCUAGAAAACGACAGGCUAAACCAGCAGAAUGGAAACAAAAUAAAUCUAAAAUUCUUAGGAAUUCUGGCGCCGCUUACAUUAAAGUUAAAAACGUACAUAUGAGGGAGUUUAAUUUAGGUUUAUUUAUUUUACGCCUAAGAAGGAUCGCUGUGAAUUGUGCGUUGCCUAUGAAAAUGCCAGAGAUGAUGAAAAGUAUAAAUUGGAAGAAAAAUAUCAACAUCAUCAACAACAGAAAGUACUGUCCCGCGAAGAGAAACAAAAAGACAAAGAUAGUUCUGACAAGAAUAUAG